CUUAUCAGCUUUGAUUUCUAAUAUGUAUCUGCUGUAUUUAAAAUGUUCCAGGCAUUUAUUUGCCUCCUUUUACUACCUAUGUCAGCAAAAAUGAAAAUCAAAUUAUGUCAAAAUUCUGCUUUUAAACUAUAUUAAGCUUUCAAGUAUUAGCUACAUUUCUUGUAAUAAUCAAGAAAAACAAUUAAGAACAGAAUCCAACAUAUGAGAGAAUGUAUAGUAGGAUCUUUGAUACCGUCAUCAUAACAAGAUUCACUAUUUUGCUAAAAUUGUCUGAGAUACACAAUAUAUAUAAUUGAUCCACACUCAGCAUUUGUGCUGGGGUUUACAUAUGGCAUUAUCUCACACCACUCUCAUCAUACCUUUGUGAAAAUCAUUCCUUGAAACUUGUAAACGUGUUCCCAAGAUUUGUUCCCUGUUGACAUCUGUCCCCAAGAUUUGUUCCCUGUUGACAUCUGUCCCCAAGAUUUGUUGCCUGUUGACAUCUGUCCCCAAGAUUUGUUCCCUGUUGACAUCUGUCCCCAAGAUUUUUGACAAGCUUCAGCUCUACCAAUUACACAGCAAUAAUGUCUUCUCCACACGAGCUGCCUUUGGACACCCCCAUCCUGUUCCUGCCUUGCACUGAGGCCUUCAAUGGCUUAACUGAGAAAGAACGUCUGUAUGCUCACCACCUCUCGCGUGCAUCGUGGUGGGGGGCUUUUGUCACCUUCUGCCAGAGUUCUCCUGAAGCCUCUGACAUUUUCUGCCUGCUCACCAGGCUAUUCAGAUCCCAGCCUUUGGAUAGCCUGAAGGCACAGGCGGUUGAGAAAGGUGUUGUAACGGAAGAUGAAUUCCAAUCACUGCUCAUUUACUACUCUGGACUUGUGUACAAUUGUGGUAAUUAUUUAGGUUUUGGCGAUCGUAAGUUUGUGCCCACGAUCACGCGUGAGCAGUUGCUUGCGCUUGUCAAGCUUUCUAAAGCCUACCUAGAAUGCUCUGAUAAGAUCAUCCAGUUCUUCAACCGUGCUGCUGAUCGAAUGUACGAUCUUUCAGAUGAUAAGAAGUUCUUUGGGAUGCCUCCCAACGGAAUCACCAUGUAUUUCUCUUCCAAUUGCACUCAAAAAGACGCCGAACUCUGCAAAGAGUACAUGACUGACCGCAACAUCGAAGCUUGGAACACGAGAUUGAUCAAGCACGAAGAUGGAGACAAAGUUCUCUAUGACAUCAGGCUUGCUUCAGUCGAGAACGGUCCAGCUGAAGGCAUUACCAGGAAAGAGGACUUGUUUGAGGGCCAUUCUUUCACUAUUACUAGAGGAGAUUACAGCGACGUCUUGAAGGAAGUAGUCAAAGAGCUCGCACUUGCUAAGAAAUAUGCGGCCAAUGACAACGAAGUGAAAAUGCUGGACAAGUACAUUGAGAGCUUCACGACUGGCUCAAUUGAGGCACACAAAGACGGCUCCACGUACUGGGUGAAGAACAAGUCACCUGCGGUUGAAGUUUACACUGGCUUCAUUGAAGUGUACCGCGAUCCGAGUAACCAGCGCGCUGAAUUUGAAGCUUUCGUUGCUAUGGUGAAUCGUGAGCAGUCUAAAAAGUUCGACACGCUCGUGCAGAAGGCGGAGCACGAAAUACUCCCGCUCCUUCCAUGGGGGAAGGAUUUUGAGGAAGACGUUUUCAUGCGUCCUGACUUCUCUUCAUUGGAUAUCAUGACUUUCGCCUCCUCUGGUCUACCAAUUGGCAUCAAUAUUCCCAAUUACAAAGACGUGAAAGAAGAGCAAGGGUUCAAAAACGUGAGUCUCGCUAAUGUUCUUUCUUCUCGCUCAGGUGACAAAAGUGCGCAAUUCCUGUCUGAGGAAGACAUUGCUCUGCGGGAAAAGUUUGGUUCCACUUCCCUCGAGAUCUGCGUGGGCCUCCAUGAGUUGCUGGGUCAUGGAAGCGGCAAGUUCUUGAGGAGGAAAGAAGACGGUUCGCUUAACUUUGACCCUGCGACAGUGAAGAACCCUUUCACCGGAGGAGAAGUGAGCUUCUAUGAAUCCGGAGAGAACUUCCAAACCAAGUUCACGAGUCUCAGCAGUGCUUACGAAGAAUGCAGAGCUGAGACAGUUGCUCUCUAUCUCUGCCUCAACGAUGAUGUCCUUGAUAUUUUCAACAUUCCUUCUGAAGACAAAGAAGAUAUUAAAUACAUGCUGUGGCUGGACAUGUUCUAUGCCGGAAUCAAGGGCCUGGAAAUGUAUCAGCCAAAACAAGGUCAGUGGGGCCAGGCUCACUCGCAGGCUCGAUAUGCUAUCCUGCAGGUAGGUUUGGAAGCAGGCCAUGGUCUUGUGCAGGUGAAGGAAACCGUAGGAAAGGAUGGUUUGCCUGACCUGCUGCUCACUCUAGACAAGUCCAAGAUAGCGACAGUAGGAAAAAAAGCCAUGGGGGAAUUCUUGCGUAAGCUGCAGGUCUACCGCUCCAUGGGUGAUGCCAAGAGUGGGAAUGAGAUGUUCCAGCGCUACUCACGAGUUGGUGACGACGGCGACUAUCCCUUCGGCAAGUGGCAUGAAAUCGUCACUCGUAAGAGGCGCCCUAGGAUGAUCCUGACGAUGCCCAACAGCCGCGUGCAGGACGGGAAAGUCGAACUUGUCACUUAUCCUGCCGGCGCUGAGGGCAAUGUCACCUCGUGGGUCGAAAGAUUUUCGCCUAGUGAGCACGACGCCAUCGAAGAUAUGCUCACCCAGUUCAUGCUUACUCGCAACCAAGCUAGAGAGUGAGGCGGCAGUCUGGAGCAUUUGUUACUCGUGCUACUUCAUUGCGUUGAGCUAGAGGUUACUAUCCACCUGUAUCAAAGUGCUUCAUACUUGUAGUGAUGCAUGCAAAGUUCCUUCAUUUUUGUUUUCUUACGAUGUUGCUUACCGCAUUCUAGUUGUUCGUGGUAGAAUCUAUAUUUUUGCAAAUCUGCUUUUUCAUGGCCUGAAUUACUUUAAUUUUAGAUCACCAUCUUUUGUUCCCUAAUUAUGUUUAAUUAUCAAAUUAACAUACGAGACGAUUAUCUCAUCAUACAAAACUAAAUCAAAAUCUUGUUAGUUUUAAUCAUUUGGACGCUCUGCCAGCGUUGAUUGAUCCUCCAUGCUUACGUUUAGAGUAUUAAUUUGUUUAUUGUUCUUAUUUUAUUUUUAGUUGAGAAAUAUUCCUGUAUUGAAUAUUAAACAAGGUUUGGCGUCGACGGAGUAAGUGAUGGGUCAUUAAGCAGCUACUUUCGUCUCAUUGCUGAUUUCCUGACGCUUGCUUUAACUUUUAGGAUGAGUGUGAGUACACGGAAAAUUUUGUACCUACAUUAAUAAAACCUAAAAUUU